CUUUUAGAGCACUGAGUGCUGUUAGCCCCACGUUGUGGUGUCGCUCACGGCACUGAGAGCCUGUGGUACCCACUGGAGGCACGGGAGAUUUAGGAGGCACAUGGAGUGGGCUGGAUUGUUUGCACAAAACUGACGUGUUCCUGAAAUGUCCCUCGGGUUUGACACCUGGAAUCUCCCUCCCUUGGAUUUUGGGAUGACCAAGCCCAGCAGCUUUUCCAGAGCUUCUCCAGGCAUUGGCUGGGAAGAGCAAUCAAGUGUGGAAUAUGGACUGGAUUGGUUCCUUAGAUUUUUAAGGAGAAUCCUCCACCCUUUGGUCAAGGAGAUGCUGCUGCUGCUGCAUCCUGGACUCCCGCCCGGUGCCGGGUUUGUGCGGAGUUUUGGUGGUGCCCGUGAAUCCAGAGCAAAUGUUCCCACGUGCGUUUUCACCCGAGGGAUUGCUGGGUGUCCCAGAGAAGCCACCCCUCCAUGCUGUGGCAAGCAGCCACUGGGCGUCACCUCCACCUGGAGAGAAGAGAAAUCUCUGGGAAAAAGUGUGUUUGAGGGAGUGCAAGGAGCCGCCUGGGAAAUGUCUGUGCUGCUUGGCUGGAUGAAACAGGAAAAGCCCAUGGAAGAAAUAGAAAAUGUCAUUUUUGAUGAGACAAACUGCUGUCUGACCCCAGUGGACAAGUGCCUCCUCCAGAGCACUUUCCAGGAGCUAUUCUCUCCCCAGUUUGGUAUUUCCAAAUGUCUCCUGCUUGUGCCACAGGAGCACCACCAAUGCUCAGCUGGGGAGCUGGAGGAGAACCUGGAGUGA